AACGGAAAGGCGGAGGGAGGGGUGAAAGGUCAGAGGGGAAGCAGCCAGCAUGGCGGGCAGGACGGGGAAAGGGAGGCUGCAGAAGCCGGCGGCGAGCGAUGGCGAGGCGGAGAAGGAAGGAGGCGCCUCGGAGCAGAAGCAGGCCGCGUUCCCGCCGACGUUUAGCGUCUCCGAGAUUAAGAACAAGCAGCGGCGCCAUUUCAUGUUCCUCCGCUGGAAGCAGCAGCAGAGAAAGGAAAAAUUAGCAAUUAAGAAAAAGAGGAAAAAGGAGCGUGAAGCACUUGGAGACAAGGCACCACCAAAGCCAGUCCCAAAGACUAUUGAAAACCAGCGUGUAUAUGAUGAAACCACAGUUGAUCCAAAUGAUGAAGAGGUUGCUUUGGAUGAAGCUACAGAUGAAUUUGCACCCUACUUCAACCGGCAAACUGUCCCAAAGAUUCUUAUUACAACAUCCGACAGACCCCGUGGAAGGACUGUGAGGUUCUGUGAACAGUUGUCAACAUGUAUUCCAAACUCGCACGUUUACUAUCGAAGAGGGCUGGCUCUAAAAAAAGUUAUUCCACAGUGUAUCGCAAGAGACUUCACUGAUAUGAUUGUGAUCAAUGAAGAUCGCAAAAUACCUAAUGGUCUUGUGUUAAGUCACUUGCCUGAAGGCCCAACAGCUCAUUUUAGGAUGAGUAGUGUUAGACUCCGUAAAGAAAUUAAGCGAAAAGGGAAAGCUCCCACAGACCAUCAACCUGAAAUUAUUCUGAACAACUUUACAACACGGUUAGGCCACUCCGUUGGUCGUAUGUUUGCAUCUCUUUUCCCACAUGACCCUCACUUCAUUGGAAGACAAGUGGCUACAUUUCACAAUCAGCGUGACUACAUCUUUUUCAGAUUCCAUAGGUAUAUCUUCAAAAAUGAAAAGAAAGUGGCAAUUCAAGAAGUGGGACCACGUUUUACCCUGAAAUUAAGGUCUCUUCAGAAAGGAACAUUUGAUUCCAAGUUUGGAGAAUAUGAAUGGAUCCAUAAGCGCCGUGAAAUGGACACAAGUCGAAGAAAAUUCCAUCUAUAAGACUAAAUUAAGAAGACACUGCUGCUUUUCAUUUUUCUGCUGAAUUAAUAGCAUAAGGACUGGGAUAUUGUCUUUGGCAACUCCUGGUCUGAAGGAGAAAAUUCCACUAAGACAUUUUUCCUUCUAAUAAGACUUUUAUUGUCCUUAUUUCCUUCUAAUAAGACUCUUAUUGUCUUCAGUGCCUUGAAUAACUUCCUAAUUGUGUUUCUAUUUAUUUACAAGGAGCAGAACAUUUCGUGUGAUGACAAGAAAUUCUAUCUGCUGUCCACUCAUGAAAUUAAAAACUUUUUUUUUUAAAAAAA